UCAAGUUCCGAUGUCACGGGAAAUGCCGAGUUACGCGUCAUUAUUUGUUUACAAACAUUAGCCUAUGUAGCCUAUCCUUUCGAGAAGGAUGGAAGGAUCAGUGGAUAAAAGGUUUCCCCCAGUUAUUGAGCUCAAUGUGGGAGGAAAGCAUUACACAACCACUUUACUGACCUUGGUGAAAUGUAAGGACACAAUGCUAGCUGCAAUGUUCAGUGGAAAUUAUGAUGUUAAGAAAGAUCAACAUGGGCGUUACUUUAUUGAUGCUGACGGGGAGAAUUUCCACUACAUCCUGAACUACCUCAGAUAUGGAGAGCUCCCACCACAGGAAAUAGCCCCAAAGAUCUACCGGGAGGCUGCGUACUUUGGCCUGCAGGGAAUGGUAGAGGAGCUGGAAAAACAUCCAUCCUUUCUCGCCAAAAUCCACAGGGAAAGCUUCAGGGCCCAGUUUCCAGGUUACACAAAACUUGUGAAUUCCAUCAUCAACAAAAUUUAUAAGGAUUCUUCCCAAAAUACAGAAACUAUUUCAUCAAUAUUGGUGACACUGUUUGCCAAAGACAAAAAGCCUAAACUUGAAACAUUUGAUAAGAACCACUGGUGUACGAUGAAAGUCAAGAACAAGAAACAAACUAAGGUGGACUUCAUCCUGGGUCCCUGGACCAGCCGGACAACGGAGAAGGAGGUUAUGGACUGUAUCGCCUACGACCUUAAGGAGCGGGGUUUUACCCUGACCAAGGAGGCUAUUGGGCAGUGUUCAUAUAAAUGUGACAGUCCGCCAGACUACCCAGGGGAGGCAACUGUAGAAAACUGUCCCAAAGCCAUCUACAAAAUCACAUUCCACUGGUGGAAAUAAUUAUCAUCAGCCAUUACACUCUGUUAUGUCUAGGGCAACAAUUGAAGUUGCUUGUUAUUUGUUUGUUUGAACUACCUCAGUUACAUAUAUAUGUCCUUUUUCUUAAAAUCUAAAUAUGACUUUAUUUAAAUAAACUUCAGGACUUUUACAAUUCAAUUAAGCAUGUAUAUUUACAGCUUCCUUUGAGAAGACAUAUUUGUUACUUUUUUUUUUAAUGUACAAAGUUGUUUGCACUAAAUUCCACAAGCCUAAGUCAAUGUACAUAGUUGUUUUAUGAAAAGUUAUAUAUCUAUCUUUUCUUGAAGAAAAACUUUUCUAUAGUUUUAUUAUUUUAGGAUAUUGCCUUUUUAUUAUGUAAUCACAUAUUUUCACUGCACUGCCAAUUGUAAAAAUCAGGAUUUUAUUUUUCUUUUGAUAUAUACAGAUGUUUUGUUUUGUU